CUGGCCCCGCUCCUGGGUUCUGGCCAUGAAGCCCACCUCAGGCCCAGAGGAGGCCCGGCAGCCGGCCUCAGACAUCCGUGUGUUCGCCAGCAACUGCUCGAUGCAUGGGCUGGGCCACGUCUUCGGGCCAGGCAGCCUGAGCCUGCGCCGGGGGAUGUGGGCAGCGGCCAUGGUCCUGUCAGUGGCCACCUUCCUCUACCAGGCAGCUGAGAGGGUGCGCUACUACAGGGAGUUCCACCACCAGACUGCCCUGGAUGAGCGAGAAAGCCACCGGCUCGUUUUCCCAGCUGUCACCCUGUGCAACAUCAACCCGCUGCGCCGCUCGCGCCUAACGCCCAACGACCUGCACUGGGCUGGGUCUGUGCUGCUGGGCCUGGAUCCCGCAGAGCACACUGCCUUCCUGCGUGCCCUGGGCCGGCCCCCUGCACCGCCCGGCUUCAUGCCCAGUCCCACCUUUGACAUGGCGCAACUCUAUGCCCGUGCUGGGCACUCCCUGGACGACAUGCUGCUGGACUGUCGCUUCCGUGGCCAACCUUGUGGGCCUGAGAACUUCACCACGAUCUUCACCCGGAUGGGAAAGUGCUACACAUUUAACUCCGGUGCCGAUGGGGCAGAGCUGCUCACCACUACUAGGGGUGGCAUGGGCAAUGGGCUGGACAUCAUGCUGGACGUGCAGCAGGAGGAAUAUCUACCUGUGUGGAGGGACGAUGAGGAGACCCCGUUUGAGGUGGGGAUCCGAGUGCAGAUCCACAGCCAGGAGGAGCCACCCAUCAUCGAUCAGCUGGGCUUGGGGGUGUCCCCGGGCUACCAGACCUUUGUUUCUUGCCAGCAGCAGCAGCUGAGCUUCCUGCCACCGCCCUGGGGCGAUUGCAGUUCAGCAUCUCUGAACCCCAACUAUGAGCCAGAGCCCUCUGAUCCCCUGGGCUCCCUCAGCCCCAGCCCUAGCCCCAUCCCUCCCUAUACCCUAAUGGGGUGUCGCCUGGCCUGCGAAACCCGCUACGUGGCUCGGAAGUGCGGCUGCCGAAUGAUGUACAUGCCAGGCGACGCGCCAGUGUGCAGCCCCCAGCAGUACAAGAACUGUGCCCACCCGGCCAUAGAUGCCAUGCUUCGCAAGGACCCGUGCGCCUGCCCCAACCCGUGCGCCAGCACGCGCUACGCCAAGGAGCUCUCCAUGGUGCGGAUCCCGAGCCGCGCCGCCGCGCGCUUCCUGGCCCGGAAGCUCAACCGCAGCGAGGCCUAUAUCGCGGAGAACGUGCUGGCCCUGGACAUCUUCUUUGAGGCCCUCAACUAUGAGACCGUGGAGCAGAAGAAGGCCUAUGAGAUGUCGGAGCUGCUUGGCGACAUUGGGGGCCAGAUGGGGCUGUUCAUCGGGGCCAGCCUGCUCACCAUCCUCGAGAUCCUAGACUACCUCUGUGAGGUGUUCCGAGACAAGGUCCUGAGAUAUUUCUGGAACCGACGGCACUCCCAAAGGCACUCCAGCACCAAUCUGCUUCAGGAAGGGCUGGGCAGCCAUCGAACCCAAGUUCCCCACCUCAACCUGGGCCCCAGCACUCUGCUCUGUUCCGAAGACCUCCCACCCCUCCCUGUGCCGUCACCAAGACUCUCUCCGCCUCCCACCGCACCUGCUACCUUGUCACACAGCUCUAGACCUGCUGUCUGUGUCCUCGGAGCCCCGCCCUGACAUCCUGGACAUGCCUAGCCUGCACGCAGCUUUUCCAUCUUCACCCCAAAUAAAGUCCUAAUGCAUCA